CUUCCGGCGCAGCUACGGGUCGGCGCAUGCGGCCUCAGUCCCGUUGACUGCGGCGCCAUGGAGGGCGGCUUUGGCUCGGAUUUCGGGGGCUCCGGCGGCGGCAAGCUGGACCCGGGUCUCAUCAUGGAGCAGGUGAAGGUGCAGAUCGCCGUGGCCAAUGCGCAGGAGCUAUUGCAGAGGAUGACAGACAAAUGCUUCCGGAAGUGCAUCGGGAAACCGGGGGGCUCGCUGGACAAUUCGGAACAGAAGUGCAUCGCCAUGUGCAUGGACCGCUACAUGGACGCCUGGAACACAGUGUCCCGCGCCUACAACUCAAGGCUGCAGCGGGAACGGGCCAACAUGUGACCGCGGGAGCCCCUCCAACAGGCGGCCCCCCAACAGGUCGCCCCCACCCCGUUUCAUCUCCAUAAGUGCUCGUCUUGGGGACCAGCGAGUGCCCUACUGCUGGGACAGUUGUGAUUUCGCAGCCCUCCCAAACCUGCCAGCGAGUGUAUCGUGGCUCUUGGGGGGCCCUGGAACUUUCAAAAGCGCUAGCCAUCUGGCAGGACCUCCCCUGGUGGGCCCAAGUCAACCUCAUACCCUGGGUAUUGAGUUGUUGAGGGGUGGGGGACUGGGUUGUGACGUCCAGGAGCCAAUAAAUUAGAGGACAGGUGGGCAGAGAGAA